UUCUCUUGCUUUUGAAUGUUUCAGAGACAUGGCCUUUCAGGGAAGAACUUUCUAACAAGUUACAUUCUUUUUUUAAAGAACGGGCCAUCUUACAAAUUCUACUUGUCCAGUUCUGAAAGGGAACAUUAUGAAAAAGAAUUCAGCCAAGAACGACAACAAGAAAUUUUGAGAAGAACAGCAAGGGACUUACCUAUCUACACCACAUCAGGCUCAAGGACCAUCAGAUAUUGUGAAAGAUGUCAGUUGAUUAAACCUGACCGUGCACAUCACUGCUCAGCAUGUGACAUAUGUGUUCUUAAGAUGGAUCAUCACUGUCCUUGGGUGAAUAACUGUGUGGGAUUUUCUAAUUACAAAUUCUUCCUGCUGUUUUUAUUGUAUUCCCUAUUAUAUUGCCUGUUCGUGGCUACAACAGUUUUACAGUACUUUAUAAAAUUUUGGACGAAUGAACUUACAGAUACUCGUGCCAAAUUCCAUGUACUUUUUCUUUUCUUUGUGUCUACAAUGUUCUUCAUCAGCGUCCUGUCACUUUUCGGCUAUCACUGCUGGCUAGUUGGAAAAAAUAGAACAACAAUAGAAUCAUUUCGUGCACCCACAUUUUCAUAUGGACCUGAUGGAAAUGGUUUUUCUCUUGGAUACAGUAAGAACUGGAGACAAGUCUUUGGUGAUGAAAAGAAAUACUGGCUACUUCCCAUAUUUUCAAGUUUGGGUGAUGGUUGCAGUUUUCCAACUCGCCUUGUGGGAAUGGAUCCAGAACAAGCUUCUGUUACAAACCAAAAUGAAUAUGCCAGAAGUAUUGGCUCAAAUCAACCUUUUCCUAUCAAACCACUUAGUGAAUCAAAAAACCGAUUGCUGGACAGUGAAUCUCAAUGGACAGAGAAUGGAUCUGAAGAGGGCACUGUCAGAUCAGGGACAAAUAACCAUGCUACAGUGACAAUAAAAAACUGAGUACCACUUGUUCAUAACCAACCAAUUGAAUCAGAACAAGGUUUCUAAAAACAUAUUAUGGACUGAUAUUUUCAGUAUUAUUUGCAAGAAAAUCAUCAAUGGGAUGAAAUAAUUGAACUAUAACAAGAUAUAUUUUUUCAAAAAGGACACCUUUGUACAGAUCGCUGGAACCACAGAAGCGCUACUGCAGAGCAGGAAGCUGCCUUAAUCUUAAAUAAGUCCAGCAUUGACUUACAGCUACAAAUGUGACUUACUUUUACUUUGCAAAUAACGCUUACCUGUUAUAAGAUGCUAUAAUAUGUCAGAUCACAUGUUAACAUGGCAUAUGUAUUUUUUGAUACCUGAGUUACAUUAUCAGAGUUGUUUCCUAGUGUCCAUAUGAAUUAUCACUCUAGAAACAGAAGCUAAAAACUUCUCUUAAGUGAAGUAUAUCUAGGCCAGUAUGGUGGCGGAAACUGAAUAAUAAUAUCCAAAUUACUGUUGCUUGUACUAUGUAAGGAAGAGAAAAUAACUGCUUUUUAAAAAUUGGAUGUUUGAUCAUUUAUAAUUACUGUUUUAUACUUUUCAACAUUUUUAAUAAAGAUUUUUUUUAUUGUUGGCUAUACAAUAACACUCAGAGGGAUUAAGAUAUCUAAAUAUAAUGAUUUAAAACAUAGAGCACAUUUGUAUAAUUCAUUGAAGGCGUAGUUCUAAGCAUUAAUACAACAAUAUUGUAUAGUGUUGUGCCCAAGGUUUAAAGGAAACUUGGCAGUAUAAGAAAUAUUUUUGUUUCUCUCUGAGUUAUAUUUACUUUCUUGUUGAAUUUUUAUUAGUAUACAUGCAGGAAACCACAGAAGCACUUAGAAAUAUUGGACAAAGUAGGAAUAGGUAGAAGUGGCUAGAAGAAAAGUAAAGAGAAAGAUAGGCAGGCUGUUGUAAGUUGUUAAAAAUAUUUUCAGUUCUAAAGUAUGUAGAAUGCAACAUGCUAUUAAAUUGACUUUCAAAUUUCAAUUUAGGUAAUGAUGAAAAAUUACAUUGAAACUUUUUACAGUAAUCCUAUAACAGUUUAAACUGUUGCUUACAAUGCAGUUUGAACUAGGGUGAAACUGUUUAGCAUAAGACUGCCCUCAGGAAAGAAAUUUUAAGCUGAAUAGUCAUUUAAAACUUUCAGUCUCUUGAGAGGUGGAUUCCACUCUUAAAUGCAAAAUACUAAAUCUGACCUAACAGAACAUCUUUCUGCCUAGACACAUAUCCUCUUUUCCUUUUGAAAUCCAGUCUAAGUGGCAAGAAUUGUUGCAUUAAUUAUAAAGAAAAAUACAAUAUCUGUUAAAGGAGAAACAAUGUAGAAAUGUUUAUCCCUGUUUAUACUGUUCAGUCAGAUAUAUGCACACAAACCAAAAUAAUUGAUUGCUUACAGUCAUGGACAGAGAUAAAUCUUAACCAGCAUCUAUAAUUAUCUAGGGUUAUAGUUCUCUUACCUGUAACAUGGGAUUGAGAGGAGGGGGUAUUACCAAUGAGUUGGACUGGAUAACCUCUAACAUUCUUCAGUUUCUGAUUUUGCAAAAUAAUCUUUUCAUUCAUCCAACAAAUAUUUUUGGAGUACCUUCCAUAUGUCAAACAGUAAACUAGGGAUAGCUCUAUAAUUUCCUAAUGUCACUUACAUUUUAUUAUUUUAUUUUUUUCACAUAAGUUUUAUAGUAAACUAUUUCAGGUUUAUAAUAUAUAGGAUUUGUCUAAUUACAUUGGCUAAUACUAAUAUUAGAUUUUAAAAGGAAGUAACUUUGUUUCCACUUCGAACCAAAGGAAUGCGUUAGCUUUGAAAAUAUAGUUUGGAAUACUAUAAUAUGGAUCUUCUACCUUUAUUUCAACUUUGUAGUAUUAAUAAUCUUGAUUUUAGAAAAUUUUUAAGUAGAUUAAGUGAGUGAUAUCAGUUACCAACCAAAACCAUUAUUCAUUUUGGCAAUUUGUAUAUCAUAAGGAAAUAGUAAAUGUUUUAAACUUAACACUUUCAGAAAUGAUCUGGUACUGUUUAUGAAUAUUAGAUCAGGAUUUGCAUGCACCUAAUUAACAAGUGAGGGCACAAUUUUCCCCCUUAACCUAUUCAGGCACUUUUGUGGUGUUGUAAUCUCUCUCAGUUCUUUUAAGUUCUUUUAUUUAACAUAGUCUUUAGUAGCAUAGUAAACACCUUUUCAGAAAUUUUCAUUUAAAGCCUUUUAAUUACCUUUGGUUUAAUUCAUGGCCAAUAUUUUGCCACAUUCUGAAUAAUAUUUGGUGGCUAAGUUUAUUCAUACACAUUAACAACCCUUCAUCAGGGCCUACUGGUGUGGUGUGGGAAUCAGGGAAUGGCUGCCUCUUUGGUAUUUCAACUGGUAUUGAUUAAUGCUGUCAGUCUUUGGGGGCAAAGGUCAAAAUGAAGCCCUGUGAAAAUUUAUUAGUACUGUCUUUGGUCCUUCAAACACUUGAACAAAAUUAUAUUGAAUUUCAGGUCUUGCCAUUGCCAUUAAAAAAAAAAUAAUGUGGACAGGAGACUUGAUUUUACCUGGGUACAAACUUACUUGAAUAUAUAGUCCCUGAGUCAUCUGCCCAGUAUCACUUUGCCAAACCAAAGAGCAGCUGCAGUAGAGUAGUUAUUAAACAGGGACACGUUUACAGAGUUUAGUUUCAUCUUUACAUAUGGGUGAUUUAAAAAAUCUUUUUACAUAUUUAAUGGUUAUGAUUCAAUGUGUCAUAAGUUACUUUGUAAGAUUAAAUCAAAUAUGCAGUGUUUACUUGAAUUUUAUUUCUAUUAGAAAGCAGAUUUUGACUUUGUUUAUAGGAGUGAUUAAAUUCAAGAUUAUCAGACAUGUGAGAUUUCCAUUCAGUAAACUUUAAAGCAAAUGUAUAUAGGAUUUGCAUAUUUGAGGCACUGUGUAGACAGUGACAAAUAUGUUUAGCUUACAUUUUCUUCUAGGACUAGCACUGUUAUCAUUGGAAAAUACUUUUAAUCUGUUAUUAAGAAAUUAAUCAUAUUUUUGCAUUUCAGCCAACAUAAAGACCAGAUGUAAUAAUACGUAAGAUACAGGUAAUAUGUAAACCUGAAAUCCCUGUGUUUCAUGUAAUCUGAACUAUAUUUUCCAAUUUGAAUUUAAAAUGCUAUAUAGAUUCAGAAAGGUCCAUAUUUUUCUAACAAGUUCACUUUGUAUUAUCCUGUUGGGUUGCAUAAAGCAGCAAGGAUUUGUAUUUAUAUUAAAAGCUUGAAAAAGCCAUUAUUCAAGUUUAUUAUAUUUGUACAUGAUUGCAGAGGAGUCUAUGCCCAUUUAAAAGAAAAGAUGGACACUAUUUUAAAGUGAUCUUUAAUCUUAUUUAAACAGAUUUGAAAUACAGUUUACUUUGGUUGUCUUUACUUACUGAGACCCAUAAGUCUUGUAUUUGUUUCUCAUAAAUAUAACCUUGGACCAUGACUAAUGUUAAUUCUUUGCUUUUUCUUUUGGAUAGCCUAACUACAUUGACAUGAAGGCUGAACGUUUUAAACUUUUUUCAAAAAUCAUAACUUUAUUAAUAAAGAAAUAAAAAUAAUGUCCUGUAUUUGAAGUUUGUUGUUGUUAUAAAGUGGUAUUUACCAAAUGAGAGUAACUAUUAUUUUGGUCAUAAAUCUGGUAAAAUAGUGUUUAGUUAGAGAUUUGGCUAAUAAUUUGGGGUAACCACAUCUAAGACAGUGUUAUUUGACUGUAACAAUAUUAUAGUUUACCUAGACCAGAGGUAUAGAUUGCUUUAUUCAAAAAGGUUUUAACUUAGCUUUUACUGAACAUAAUUUUCAAUUCAGAAGUAAUUUUUGGAUCAUAAGUACUUGCAAAACACUAGAAAUUGUUGAAUUGUGGUUAUCAAAAUUCUGAAUAAUAAAUUUUAUUUUAUGUAGAA